AAGCGCGACUCGAACCUCAGAGUCACAUCACACCUUCCAGUGACGAAUUCAACAACAACCCUCAUCAUGAUCAAAGCUGUCGCAUUUGCCGCCCUCGUGGCCGUGGCCGCUGCCAGGCCAGAUGCCCCCCGCCGAACAUACGCUGCACCUCCCACCAACACCUACUCUGCCCCCCGCCAUGCCGACAGCCGCGAACAUGUGCCCAUCCUCCGUGACGACCGCGUGUACCCCAGCGCCGCCGGACAAUACAGCCUCGACUUCGAAACCGGAGAUGGCACCAAGAUCUCCGAGUCCGGCUACGGCUCAGGCCCCGAUGGCGCCGUCGAGACCCAAGGAUCCGUCCGCUUCGUCCACCCCGACGGUGAGAGCUUCGAGCUCACCUACGUCGCCAACGCCGAGGGCGGAUACCAGCCCGAGUCUUCAGCCCUGCCCGUGGCCCCUGCCUUCCCCCACGAGAUCCCCCAGUUCGUCCUGGACCAAAUCGCCAAGGCUGCCCGUGAAGAUGAGGAAGCUGCACGAUCUGGGUCAAGUGGCAGAUACGCUGCCCCUGAGCCGACCAACACCUACAGAGCUCCUCGUUUCUAAAAAUACCUAUGAUGUUUCCGAUAACUUAUGAUAAUUUAUUCCUGACACUGUAAUAAAUAAACUCUUCAAGCUUC